AUGAGUAACUGUCCCACACCUGUGUACGCAGAAUCGGCGGAGCAUUACCUAUUUAAGAUCACUGUGGACCCCAUGUUUAUGGUGCCAGCUCCCCCUGCUCCAGGCCACCCCGGGGCCCCCGGAUCCUCUCUGCCCUUAGUCCCUUCCUUCUCCCCUCCGGCCCUGCCCACCUCCAACCCCAAGCAGCUGGCGGUGAGGACGCGGUCUAUAGGCACCAACACCCAGGAUGGAGGUGUCUCCGGAGCACUGGAGGGCGACUCGGCCUGUCUGGGGCCCUGCCAGCCCGGGACCAGUGUCAACCUGGAGGGCAUCGUGUGGCACGAGACUGAGGAGGAGUCGUGUGGCUUUGAAGAGCGUGAUGUCAUCACUUCCGUUUCCUGUGGUGAAGGGCCGUUUGACAGCAAGAGCAAGAAGUCGUGUGUUGCAGUCAAACCUCGUUUUGAAGCUGUAAUGCAUCCAAGAUUUGAUUUGCUCUGCGUUGCCACUGGCACAUUACAAAACGGAGGUGUGCUGGUGGUGAACGUGACGUGGAGGAAGAGAACCUACGUGGGAACUCUGUUAGAUUGCACCAAACACGACUGGGCUCCUCCAAGGUUUUGUGAGUCUCCCUUCAGUGACCCUGAGUUGCCAGGUGGGCGUGGCCGGGGCAAACGGAUGCGAAUGGCCAUGGCCGAGAGGCCCUGCGUUGAUCCGGCCCCUGCUGCCAAAAUCAGGGGUCUAUCACAGCACAGGAGCCGUGGAGGUGGUGUGGCUGGAACCGCUGCACCCAUCCACAGCAAGGGGCGGAGAGGAAGCCUGAACCUCAUCAACAGCAACUGCCGAACGCCUCCUUCUUUCUUCACUGUGGAGGAGGUGAAACCUGCCAACAGCACCUCCUCUCUCUCCUCCGGGAAGCGGAAGAACAAACCGCCGGCUGACCUGGACCUCAGUAUGGUCACCUCGGACGAAAUCAAAAACGGGAAUGGGAAGAGGAUCCGAGCCAAAUCCCGCAGCGCCCCAUCCACGCCGCUGGGCAAGUCUGACCCUUCGUUCAUGGACCCCGGAGGAGGUUGUGCCUCCUCACCACCUCCCCCACCCAUCCUCAUCGACUGCCCCCACCCCAACUGCACUAAACGCUACAAGCACAUCAACGGCCUGCGCUACCAUCAGACGCAUGCACACCUGGAGGCGGAGGAGCAGAGGAAGCCUGAGCUGGAGCCCAUGAAGGACGGGGAGAGCGAGGAACGACUAUCGGACUGUGAGGACACCAUUGGCAACAUGACAUAUGACCUCUCAGAGACAAACAGCACUAACGCCAACAGCUCCUCUAAGAAACCCACUCCUCUAUAUAAGGUGACCACAGUGGGGUCUCCUAAGAACAGACGGCUUCUCCUCAGUACUGACCACAGCCCCUCAGCCAACCCCAAGACCAGAAGAACCUCACUGCUGAAAGAUGGGCUGAUUGAUGACCUCAGCAAUCUGCCCAUCAUCUCCAACAUGACCGUGGUUCUGGAGAACUGCAUGGUCCCAGACAGGAACUCCACGGUUGAGAUGCCCAAGCUGGAAGCCGAAGGCUUGAUCGACAAAAAGGUGGGUGCGUGCGACAAGGGCAAGAAGGCCAACGGGAAGGUUGAGAAGCUGUCCAAGUCCCGGACCAACCGGCCGAUCGCUCCCGCCCCUGCUCCCCCAAAGCUGAUUGCCAUACCCAACACAGCGUAUCCGACCGGCACAGCAGAUACUGCCCCCUCACAGCAAUCCUCACCCAUGGCAGCCGUAGGCCUCACCAGUAAAAACCUUCCCCUGAAACCCAUCAAACCAAAGCUGAGCAUCGUUGUGGAGCCGAGCCUUGUCAAAGCCACCCUGGUUACCUGCAGCAAAGAGACCAGGAAGAAAGAGAAACGGAGGCUGAAGGACAAACACAACAAAGAUGCGCAAACCAGGACACCUAAUGGCGACGGCAGUGGAAUCAAAAUGGAAGAUGUCGGUGGUUCCAAAAUGGGCGUGAAGGAAAUUUCUGGGAGCCUUCUGAAGGAGCACCUCAGUAAGCAGGAUGUACUGAACGGGCUCACAGAGAGCCAGGAGAGCAGGAUGGCCAGUAUCCGAGCUGAGGCUGACAAGGUCUACACCUUCACCGACAACGCCCCCAGUCCCUCCAUAGGUGGUUCAUCACGGCUUGACUCCAGUGGUAGUUGCCUGGCAACAGACAGCAAGAACAACAGCCCCGCCUACUCUGACAUCUCAGAUGCCGGGGACGACGGGGGAUCUUCUGAAUGUCGCUCGGAUGGAAUCAGAUCCAAGUCAGCCUCCUCGGCCUCUUCAGAGGUGAGCUCUAACAGUAGCCAUGGUAACUCUGGUAAAACGCCGCCCACGACCUCUGCCCCACCAUCAAAAGACCCCCAAUCCCCGUACUACCACAGCUACGAGCCCUACUACCUGCAGGGGUACAUGCAGUCGGACAGGCAAAACAGCAGCAGCAGCGUCGCGUUCCACAAAAGCUCUGGCCACGACGGCAAAGGGAAAGACAGAAAGGAAGAAGUGAAAGAGGACGAUAAAAGCUCCUCCCACGAGUUCUCAGACUCAAAGAAAGGCGACGGGCCGCCUCAAUCGCAGCUCCAGCUGGCUAUGAGUCAGACCCAGACCGCCUUGGCCCAGUCGCUGUACUACGGCCAGUACUCCAGAGGACUGUACAUGGACCAGAAACUGUUACUGGCCUCCAAAUGCUGUGACCAGACGCACAGCACCAAGCAGAGGGGCGAGAGGGGACAGGGGAUGAGAGACAGUGAGGACGAUAAACACGUGGUUGGGGGUUCAGCCAGUGGACCCAUGCACGGUAAAGAUGGCGCUAAAGGUUGCUGUCCCAAACCCGUCCUGUCCUACGUGGAGAUGACUGAGAGGGGAGAAAGGGGACAGAGUCUGGGCGUAAAGGCGGUGCACGGUGGCAUGGUGGAGCAGCACCAGGUCUCGAUGAAAGACUGCGAUGACAUCAAGUCACCUUCCUCUUCCUCUUCUUCAUCGCUCCACAACCCAAACAGUCAGACAGAUCUGGACUCAAAUGUUUCCUAUUCCAGUGUAAAGGGACGCCACACUCCUCACAUCCCACCUCUGAAUGGCCGCCUGCCGUUGAAACGUCGUCAUCUUUCAUCAACAUCACAACCAGAGCCAGUGAUAGAUGGUCUGUCUAUGGUUCUGUUUACUCAACCCUCAGACGGCCCGGCCUGGGCUCACUGCCUCGCUCACAGCAAAUACUCAGAGCUACAACAUGGGGAGGAGGCCGAGGAGGGUGAAGCAGACAGGGGAAAGGAAUGGGGAGCUACCGUGGAGCCUGCCGGGGCCAAGAUGACCUCAGGAGGAGGUGUGGGCGGAGAUGCUAAAAAAGCCAGGGUCCACAAUCUCCCGCCCGCCAUCGACGUGGAGGAUUCAGACAGGCUGGACGGGUUGGAUGAUCAAGGCCAGGAGCCAAUGGGAGGGCUGGCUGAGGAGUCCCAGAGUGCCCGGGUGGCGGUGUCUCCUCCCAUGACCCCCCAGCAGCCCUACAUCCAGUACCAGCACUCCUCCUACCUGCCCUACCUGGCAAUGUGUGAAAGCGGCGGGGGCUCCUACAGAGGGGUGUCCCCAACCCUGGUCCACAAUUACCCAGGUUUCCACUACCCUCUGUACGGUAACACGGCAGGCAGGGAGGAGUCGGAGGUGACUCCACCCGGCAGAGGAGGAGCGGUGAGCAGCAAGCAGAGCGCCGACUCGUCCUCGUCCUCCGCCAUCGAGCUGCUGCAGCAGCAGAGCCACCAGUACCACGGAAAAUCACCCGCUCCCGGCGAGAAGGGUUCCCCCGAGGGGGAGAGAGAGACGGAGCGAGAGAGGAACCACGUGUCAUUCGCCCGACACCUCCACACACACCAUCACACACACCUGGGUAUGAGCUACAAUCUGAUGUCGGGACAAUACGACAUCUACCAAGGCUUGAGCUCCAGGUCGCUAGUCUCCAGUCAGCAGGUGUCAGGACACUCCUCUACUGAGAGCGAAGGGAAGAAGUAGGGCCAUGUGAGAGACCAAGUCUCACAUGAGGAACGGCAGAAUUUAUCAGACAUCAAUUCCAUGGUGUUUAAUAAGCUUUCGCCUCGCUCAGAGGCAGAGAACUAAAAUUAAAAAAACCUCUUUCAUUUCUUACCACCUGUUUUAUAACACGUCAUCGAGGAGCAGACGGAGGGACAGGAAGCAGGAUCAGCAGGAACUAUCUGUACCAGUCCAGAUCACUGACUUUUGAAGCUUUCAGUUUUGCAGGAUUUUGACAGAAGCAGAGCGCCGCGUAUGAAACUUAACAUCACAGAGCGCCGCGCAUCCGCCCAGCUGCAGCUGUGGCGUUCACCUUUAUAAAAAUGCACAUUUAUUGUAGUGUAUUAUGAUGAUGAUAUGACUGAAUGUACUGAAGAUGACUUACAUUAUCCCGAUAGUGUUGAUCUUUUCUUUUCUUUUUUUUUACUAUUGAGGAAACAGCAUUAGGAAGCUAAAAAGUCUAUUAUUAUCCUUAUUAUCCUUAUCAUUCUGAUUAUUGAAGUGGUCCUCCUCCCUCCAUAGUGCUGACACUACAUUUGUAUUACUAACCUGUACUUGAGCGUAACCAUGUUGAUUGUAUUGUCUUUAUGUGAGAGUAAACCUUCACAUCGACCUGCCCAGUGCCAUGUAGGAACCCAGUGGUGUAUAUAUUCUGUACAGAUUCAUGGCGGAGCACUAACAUGCUUUAUUGUACUCUAUGUUGAUCUCCAUCAGCCAUGCAGGGGAGCAGUGGGCGGAGCGUGGAAAACCCGCUGGACAAGAACCACUAUUUCUUUAUUAGCCGAGUUCAGAUCAACGGCAGCAGUUUGUCCUGUCGGCACCCGUUCUAUGGUUCCACUGACGUAAUGUACUGUAUGUUGCACAUAUGACACAUCCUAUGUGGUUAGAGCUAAGGAUAAGUGUGUCAUUUAGUGAAUGGUAGCCCCAGUUUGUGCCUCGUGGACUCAGUUUUCUUUCAGGUCACUGUUGAUCUCCACAUCUGACACUGCUAUGGUUAACGGUUGGUCAUUUUUAGGAACGAGAACUACUUGGUGAGUGUUGGGAAAACUAAAAGUUUGGGUGAAAAUCAACUAUUUGGAAAACGUUUUUAUUUGGCGAAACAAGCUCACCAUAAGGUCCAUUUAGCAGCUGUUCUGGAGCUUUCGAUCAUACCCCAUAAUGCCAUGAAAUAGUAGUUGGACCACAAGGUGAAUUCAGAGAAUUGACUUUAAUGCAAACAGGGACAAAAAGUGCUCAGAAGGAUGGCAGUUUGAAUAUCAGUGAUUCCACGCUAACUGGAAAAACUCCCUCUGCUGAGGAAGAUGGUGUGAUAUGACUGAAAGCUCCAGAUCAGCUGCUGAAUGGACCUUGUGGUCAGAUUGUUUUGCUGUACCAAUGUUCACAGUUGGUAGUAGACAGGAAAUAAACAGUUUGUUAUCCCAAAUAACGAUGACAAUUCAGUGUACACCAGAGAAAAUAUAGAAUUAAAGGGGAACAGGAUUGACUUCAAAAAGUGCCGUUGGGUUUUGAAUAAAACAGUGACUUAUUUCUUAAUAUAUCACUUGAACAUAAUCAGCAAUCAGCAGGGAUUUGCAAUGGAAAAAUUAUGCUUAAAUGAGAGGUACAACCUGGGGUUAGGUGAAUGAAAUAUCGAUAACAGAUGCCAGUGAGUGCAUGCUAGUUUAUUUGAACAUGAAAGCCAUAAUUGAGCCAAUUAUACUUUUAAUCGCAGCACCUCUGAAAGACAAUUCCAGUGUUAAAAUGAGUUUUUGCUCAUUUUCACCAUUCUUUUAUUAUAACUUCUACGGCUGACACUAUACUCAAAACUGAAUAGAAUUUGGUUUGUUUGCUCAGGUACAAUACGUAGUGAGUUUAUGACCAAAAAUAAGCUUCAGGGUUUGCCAGUAAAAAAUAAAAAAUUACUUUGUAUACGUCUUGUUUUUAGGAAAUUACAAGUUGUGUAAAUAAAAGCAUUUGCUUGCAGUGCCAUAGUCAACAGCAGUUUGAGAACCGCUAAAUUCAGUUUCAGUUUUGAGUAUCGAGCAACGGCUCCAAAUGAAUGCUAUCUAAGAUGGCAGAAAAAUAGAAAAUAUAAUUGAACACGAUGAAAGCUGGAAAACCAUUGACAGUACAGCGAUAGAAAACACUGGAAUUGUCUUUUAAGUAAAAUGAGAUGCCAGUAGGGCUGUAGUUUUUGUCAGGAGUCCCAAAAUCCUUUGCUCCGCCCCUGCUCCCAUGCCUUCUACAAGCUAACUAGCUCACUGCAGAGCCUCUGAUAGACAGAAUGGUCAGGUUUUAUCAUUGGUGCCAAAACUGCUGCCACAUCUCUAGAACAAAAAACUGUCAAAGUGUUAGCAACAACAAUUGGGCCAAUUCGGGUGCUUACCCAAUGGAAAAAAACAUUCAUGUUAGCCUGCUGGUUGUAAUGGUUUAAAGAGUUAGUGAAGUAUGAACAAAGUGGUGUCAAUUUGGCUACAAACAUCCAAAUAAUUAUUGAAAGGAGCCUGAUUAAAAACCAACUGCUACAAAUAUAUGACACAAUAAAAAUUGCAAAUUUAGGCUUCAAUUUAUUUGUAUCAUUGUGACGACAUGGCUAACAUUAGGGUUAGCUAUCUUAAAAUAAUGUGAGAACAUGUUUACCCAUUUCGCCAACAAAGCUUAAAGAGAAAACUUGCCACCUUUUACAUGGAUGUCCAAUCAGUGUUGAUGAAGAAGGUCUCCAACACACUUCUGUCCAAGUGAGGAGUAAAAGACAGCAUCCGACAAAAACUGCCCACUCUGACAUUUAUUGCAGCCGAAUGAUUCCGUUUGUGUUGGCAUCGGAGAGCAAUUUUAACAAAGUCACCAGCAGUAGUUGUUUGCCUUCGGCAGCUCAGGUUCUGGAGAGUCCCCCGUCGGCCAUAUCCUCCCCGCUGCGGCCACAGCCUUGGCCUCUCCCCGCUGCAUUUCUUCUGCCGCAUACUCUGGCUCGAAGAAACACAGCUGAAGUCAGCCAAAACACUGUAAAAUCUAUUCUCGUCCAUAACACACUGUGCACUCAUUUUGGGAUGCCAUUUUCACAGUUUGCAAUACAAGCGAAGAGAACUGGAAGUUCUGUUUUUGAGUAGCAUCUAGAGCACGCCCCCUGGCUACCCGGAGGACAAAUCUAAGCUGAAAUAGCCUGUAGUUCUUCCUGGCUUUCCUUUGUCACUGUCACGUCACUGGAUGCAGGAAGAACAACAGAUUUUGCAGGUGAGAACUCAGCUUCCUCUGUCAAUAUAGCACUCACUGUGAAAUGUAUUGCUUCCAACGGCUUGAUUUAACAUCAAAACUGAUUGGACACCCACACAAAAAGUUUCCCUUUAAUGCAGAAUAAUGCAAUGUUCAUGUCAUGUGGGGUGGAAGUAUUUACUAGUACAAGUUGGAAACCUCCCAAUCCCAAUGCCCGACCUUGUCUAUCAGCGGCUCUGUCUCACUCAAACACAACACCUUACCUGCAUAGUAUCAGUGAUCAUUCUAUUACUUGAAUAUAAUGCUAUGAACUCUGUUUACAAAAUGCUGUCAUCUUUUGGGAGACACAGUGUUGUCUUAUAAAGGCUGCUUGGUAAAUGUUCAGUUCAUCCACCCGGUGUAUCCUGUUAAUUACACACUGCAAUCGUAUAAACAUGGAACCUGCUGUUGCUUUUUUAUACUGUAUAUGCCUUAAUUCAUAUGUUUGGCAAUCAUGAUUAAAGGAUGUUUAUAUAUA